CUCUCAACACGUCUGUAACAGUCUUGGUUGAUGUCCUUCGUCUUCACCCCUCUACUCUGACGUUUCAACUUUAAAGCCUUCCCUCACGCCUCACGGUUUCACACCCCACAAGCAAAGCCAGAUCCCAAUUUCAUGCACUGAUAAGGAGACAGAAGCAGAGGUGAAAAUGAGGGCAUAUCGGCUUUCAUAUCUGAGACACUGACACCUCUCGUAGUUAACUGAGGUGAAAUCACAGAAAUUACCUAUAAGUUCUCUUUGCCUUUCCUUCUAUUAUUGGUUCUCUCUAUUGGAGCACAAGUCUUUCAUUUCUUGGACACACUUUACCUGUUUUACGAAUGUAACCAUAAUCACGACGGUUGCUCUUAGGGCCAACUGACAGCCUGCCUUCUCCUCAUGCCACGACUUCACUGCUUUUCCCUAAUACGGUCUCUGCAUUGAAAUUUGAAUUGGAGACAAGACCCUCAAAUCUCACAACACUCUUGGCUAUAAAUUUUGGGGUUGGAACAGAAGGAAGAGACGGGGAAGUGAAGCCAGAUAUGGAUUGGGAUUGGAGCAUAAGACCUUCUGUUCCUCAAGCGGAGUCCUCCUUUGGCUUCCUCUGUAACUUUAACUACACACCAUAUCCAGGAAUGGAAGUGAGACAUCCAGCAAUGAGAGAGAGUGAGAGACAAGGGUUGGCUCCGGGAAUGGACAGAGUCAACUACGGAAAGCAAGAACAGAAGAAGAAGAAGCGAUUAACGAGCAAGCAGCUUGAGUCAUUGGAGAAGAGUUUCGAGAAGGAGAGGAAAUUGGACGCAGAUAGGAAGAUGAAGCUUUCGAAGGAGUUAGGGCUUCAGCCUCGCCAAGUUGCGGUUUGGUUCCAAAACAGGAGGGCUAGGUGGAAGGCAAAGCAGCUUGAGCACUUGUAUGAUGCUCUCAAACAGGAUUUUGAUGCCAUCUACAAGGAAAGACAGAAGCUUCAAGAAGAGGUUAUGAUAUUAAAAGCCAUGCUGAAAAAGCAAGAAUCUUCUAGGACGCAGGCAUCUGCAGAUUAUCUAGAAAUCUGCGGAAGAAAGUAAAUUCACGGGGAAGCCUUUGCUUUCUUCAAGCACAAGUUUAUCAUUCCAAAUCUGUGAGAGAGGACAAACCUGUGUCAGCUAUUAAUUUUAGCAUAGGAUUAAGUGAGAGAAGAUAAUUCUUAGGAUCAUAAGUGGGUUGUGGCGUUAAAAUAUUUGCCCAGACCUGUUGGCAAUGGUACGAUGUGUAAGAUGACUUGCUAUGACAAUGAGAGAGUUAAGAGGGCCAUAUUGCAGAA